AGCCACAUGACAAAUGACAACUAAGUGAUGACUUAGUCUCUGAAAUCUGUGAUGAAAAAAAUUAAUUAGAUAAAACAAAAAACAAAUGAUAUAAAAGUUCAAUGUCCCGUGUCAUAAGAAAGGAAAAAAAAAAUUCAAGGAAGUUUUAAUUUUUUAAAUAAUUUUCUUUUAAAUAAGUUUGAUUUCAAUUUAUAGAUCAAAUUUAUAAAGUACAUUUUAUUUACUGUAAAGAAAAAGAUCAGAAAAAGUGUAGGGUACAAACUAACUACCCAAUAAAUAUGGCUGAUGUUCUUAAACCAGAGUUAAUAUGGAUAGAAGGUAGAUGCUACAGAAUAAAUGAUCCAGCUAUGGAGAUAACAGCAUUUCAGGAACAUGACUUAUAUGAAAAUGAGGCAAUAUUUAAUGAUCCUGAUGAUGAUGAUGAAGAGGAUGAAUUUGAAAUAAUCAUGAUGGACAACAAUCGAUAUUCUACAAGUAUGCAUGUAUCUAAACACUAUAUUGGAUCAAUUAUCGGUAAAAAAGGUGCUAUGAAGAUGAGAAUAGAACGAGACACAAAAACUGAUAUUAAAAUACCAAGGCAAGGGCAAACAGGGUAUAUUAUGAUUUAUGGACCUAGUGCUUCUAAUGUAAAAGCAGCAAGAAGAAGAGUAAAUAUAAUAGUAAUGUCAUCUAGAAUGAAACAAAAGUCUACACAUUUUAUUUCAAUACCAAUGAAUUCACCAGACAUUAUCAAAAAUUUUGAAAAUUUUAAGGAAAUCGUUCUCCGUGAUAAUUCUAGCAGAGAUUUAGAGGAAAGUCUAUUUAUUAAAGCGCAAAAACUACAUAUUACAGUGGGCGUUAUGUGUUUAAUGGAUAAUGAAGAGAGAUUGUAUGUUUCGAAGCUCUUUACGGAAGCCAAAGAAAAAAUUAUUAUGCCGUUAAUUCGAGAUCAUUUACCAUUACGAAUUAGGUUGAAAGGUUUGUCAUAUAUGAACGAUGACCCACGGAGCAUCGAUGUUCUUUACGGCCUAGUGCAAGAAGAGGCCGCUCCUACUGGCUUAUUACAAAAUUUAACAGAUGCAUUAGUGGAAUAUUUUUAUAAAGCAGGUUUUAUGGAAAAAGAAUAUGGUAGGGAGCAUGUGAAAAUGCAUGUAACCUUGAUCAAUUCAAAGUAUAGAAGUCGAUCAUCAGAAGCAACAACAGCAGAGGACAAAUGGAAAGACAGGAGAAAGCCAAGAAUCACUUUCGAUGGUUCCGAGAUCUUGAAAAAGUUUGCAGACUAUGAUUUUGGUGUCACAGAAUUAACCGAUAUACAUCUCUCUCAACGUCAUUCUAUGGGUCCAGAUGGCUUUUACCAGCCAACUUGUGUUAUUUCUUGUAAUAAAGCAUAAUGUUUAUUAAUAAA